AUGGAACCCUUUGCUAUUGCUCUGAUGGCUUAUGAUCGCCUUAUUGCAAUUUCAUAUCCUCUUCGAUAUCAGACUAUCUUAACUAAUACAAAUGUAUCCUUAGUAAGAGCAGCAUGUGUGAAUCUUUCACAUUAUUUCAAUGCAAUUUCUGCUUUGGCGGCUACUGUAUUAUGGGGUAAUUUAGCCUUGAUAAUCUUCUCAUACAUGAAGAUAGUUUAUGCAGUGAUGCAAAUAUCUUCAUCCAAAGACAGGAGGAAAACAUUUAACACCUGUGUCUCUCACAUGAUAGUGGUGGCUUGCUUCUUUAUCCCCAAGGUGUUGAGAUUCGAGGGCGCCUGA